AUGGCGGCUGAAGAACGCAAAGGUUGGUUCAAGGACCAGAUCAGACUUGUGAGCAUUCUGAUCACAAUCUUCAUCUCUCUGGGGUCUUUCACCUAUGGCUACUGCAGCUCCAUCAUCGCCACCACCCUGGGCCAACCCGACUUCUUCAAGUACUUGCAUCUCGACACUGAAGGCCCCGGCUUGUCUCACACAAAUGCCAUCACCGGCGCCAUGAAUGGUUUAUUCCAGGCUGGUGGUUUCCUCGGAGCCCUCUCCAUUGGCCCUAUCUGCGACUGGUGCUCACGACGAGGCGGCAUUGGCAUUUCAGCUGCAACCUGCUUGGUGGGCGGAGCUCUGCAAUGUGGAUCCGUCAACGUCGGCAUGUUCUUGUUCGCUCGAUUCUUGACAGGUAUUGGAACUGGCAUGAUCGUCUGUGGAGUACCUCUGUAUCAGAGCGAGGUCUCUCCCCCCCAUACCCGUGGUGUCUUUGUCGGAGCGCACGGAGCUUUGCUCUGUACCGGCUACUCGGUGUCUGGCUGGGUCGGCUACGGCUGUUUCAAGUACUCUGGACAGUUCCAGUGGCGGUUCCCACUUGCUGUGCAGUGCUUUGCGCCCUUGAUGCUACUAGGCGGACUGUUCUUCAUCCCAGAGAGCCCUCGUUGGUUGGUCCUUCACGACAAACACGAUCGCGCCUACAAGGUGAUGGAGUGGCUGCACCGAGAUCCUCGAGACCCCGAGGGCAUCCUCGUCAAAGAGGAGUUCUAUGCCCUGCUGAAACAGCUGGAACUCGAAAAACUCCGUGGCGCCGGAGGGUACAAGGAGCUCUUUACCGGGUGGCCCAACCGCAAGCGUCUAUUGCUGGGCUUCUUCACCGUCUUUGGCGGUCAGUGCACUGCAACCAUUGUCAUCAACAACUACGGUGUGAUUCUGUACACGGCCCUCGGAUACGUGGCACCGACCACUCUCGCCUUUACGGCCGGCUGGGUCACUGUUGGAGUUGGGGGGAACGCACUCUCGGCGCUGAUUGUUGACCGCGUCGGACGUGUGAGGCUGUUAAUCAUCGGAUUCUGCGGUUGUCUGAUGGCGCUCAUCGUCGAAAUGGCCCUGCUGGCCACGUACAAGGGCACGACCAACAAGGCCGGGCUGGCGGCGGCCGUGGCGUUUCUGUUCAUCCACGUCGGAUUCUACAGCUCGUGCGUCGACGCCGUCACGUACAUCUACUGCACCGAGAUCUUCCCCAACCACCUGCGCGCGCGAGGGUCGUCCAUCUCCGUGUCGGGCCUCUUCUUCGCCACCGUCAUCUACACGUGCGCCGCGCCAACCGCGUUUGCCAACAUCGGCUGGAAAUACUACAUCGUCUUCGCCAUCACCACCGCCAUGACCGCCGUGGCCUGCUACCUGUGGUGGCCCGAGACCAAGGGCCUGUCGCUCGAGGAGAUCAACGCCCUGUUUGGCGAGGAAGUCGCCGUCGACGUGGGCCACAUGACCAAGGAGGAGAGGGAUGCUUUGGACGAGAAGAUCUUUGCCCAGACCCAGGAGAUUGAGGGCAUCGCCAGUCAGCCGGUGCCGGAGCACGCAAAGGCUUGA